AACGUCAAGUCUCGCUCGGGUCUCGGCCAACGAAAUCUCGGGAUCUCGGCACUCGGCACUUUUGGGCUCGGGGGGCUCGGGUAACUUCGUCGCCAUACAUAACCUCGCUGAAGCUUCGAUACUUGUAAUUGAUAAGCAUUUGUAAUAAAGUUUUUGUAAUCACCCUGCAGUCUAUCUGACACAUGUUUUAAUAAAACAUUUAUCGCCCUCAUAAAAAAGCAUAAAAGGAAAAUUGCGAUUAUUCCGAAUUCAUCUGACUCAUUUCCGAUUUUGCAGAAUUUUGUGCUGAAAGAAGAGCGAAAUAACGAUGUCGAGUGACGUAAAUAUGCACGCUGAAAAGCCCAAUGAUAACAAAGGAGAAAACGAAGAAGAGGAUGGAAAGUCUACUGUUGACGUGCAUGCGCAAGAGUCUAGUCCAGUUUAUGGAGGAUGCGAGGGUCCUGAUGCAAUGUAUGUAAAACUGGUGAGCAGCGAUGGCCAUGAAUUCAUAGUGAAGAGAGAGCAUGCUCUCACAAGCGGAACCAUUAAAGCUAUGCUCAGUGGUCCUGGCCAAUUCGCUGAAAAUGAAGCGAAUGAAGUAAACUUUCGGGAAAUACCUUCCCAUGUGCUUCAGAAAGUGUGCAUGUACUUUACAUACAAAGUGCGUUACACGAACAGCAGUACUGAAAUACCAGAGUUUCCGAUAGCUCCUGAAAUUGCUCUGGAAUUGUUGAUGGCCGGCAAUUUCUUGGAUUGUUAGGGAAAAAUGAAAUACCUAAAUGAAUUCAUUGACUACAAAAAGUGAAUAAACUCAGGAUGAAACGACAUAUUAUGUUCUCAAACGAGUUUUUCAGGUUCAUCGUUGUGAUACAUCCCGCUGCAAUCGGAGAUCUUUGUCCCGAAAGUGCACCCACAUAUAGCCAUUAAAUUACAUUCUGCUAAUAAUACUUUUCUCUAUAAGCAAAAGCAAAAUAACACGCCCAAAUGAAAUUCUAUUGACCAUUUCAAGUUUCUCGUGCUAAUUUAAUAGCAAACAUAGAAAUGACUAAAUUCGCAACAUAUUCAAUGUACCCUUUACGGAAAUAUGUAAACUCUGUUCCUUGUACAAACCAAUAUGUUUUAAAUAUAAUAUUUGUCAUUUGA